AUGGAAGUUCAGAUCUGGCAUUUGGUGGUUUUGACGCUGUAUAUUACUAACGAGUUUAAAGUGUGUGCGUUUACUUUUUCAGGUGAUGAUGAGGAAAUUGACACACCCCAAAAUGUCACCGUAAUAAGCCCCAACACAACACUACUUGAGUGUCCAACAAACCUAGGCCAGAUAACUUGGAAAUAUUUAAGUAGCAGCGAAGGGCCUUUGGAAACAAAUUUAGAGAGUGACUCUCCGUCGUCAUUUAUAUUCACUCCGAAGGAACAUAAUAGUGGAAUAUAUGUAUGUAUGGCGAAUAAUUCAUUUUUGAUUAAAAAGUUUAACGUGACUGUGUUGGAAGCCCCUUAUUUUACACGAAAAAACCAAAUGACGAAGCUGUUAGUGAAGCCUGCCGGAAACAUGGUGAGGCUCACUUGUAGAGCUGGGGGAAAUCCCACGCCGAAUAUCACGUGGUAUCGAGAUGACAAAUCUCCCCCUACAAGGAAAUUAGGAGAUAUCAAAAUCAACCACUGGUCGUUAACUUUGGAAGAUUUGGUUCCUAAUGAUAAAGGAAAUUAUACCUGUUUAGUGUGUAAUGUCAUUGGGUGUAUAAAUUUUACUUUUGCUGUGGAUGUAGUGGAGCGAUACCCCUCAAAACCGUACAUUAAAGAUGGAUAUCCUCAAAAUCAAACAGUUUUAGCUUACACCAAUAUUACCCUCGAAUGUCCACAAAUCAUUGUGGAUUUGGAACCGUACAUUCAAUGGUUUAAGUUAAAUGACACUGAAAUACCUGAGGAUGACUUAAGUCUGUUGAAUUGGAUACAGUUAGAACAGAGAAGUGAUGAUGGUGGGGGAAAUCCGGAAGUGUAUGAGAUCUUAAAUGUAACUCAUGAAGAUGAAGGAUGGUACGCUUGUUUCGCGUCUAAUAGUCUCGGCACAACAGUGUCUAGAGCUUACCUUACCGUAGUCGAUGAACAACCAGAUGUACAGACGGAACACCAGGAGAUGCCUAGAACUAAUGUAGGGUUAGUUAUUGCCAUAAUAGGAACUGUGGGAAUAAUUGUUAUCUUUAUUAUAUCAUUAAUAUGUAUUCAUUACCGUCAAAAAAUAAAACGUGAAAAGAGGGAGAAAAUGAUAGCUGUUGAAACAGCCCGGGCUGCCAUUGUUACUCAGUGGACCAAAAAAGUUAUUAUUGAAAAAAUCAGGAAUUCCUCUGAAAACAUAGCGGAACCCUUGCUCAUGCCAGUGGUUAAAAUCGAAAAACAAAAACUUCAAGUUAAUAAUAAUGAUGACGGCAGAGUUUCCGAAUACGAAUUGCCCAUGGAUUCCGAUUGGGAAAUACGCAGAGAAAAUUUGUUAUUGGGCAAAAAUCUUGGAGAAGGGGCUUUUGGUAGGGUUGUAAAAGCUGAGGCCAAUAAUAUUGUAAAACCAGGAAACUCAAUUAUCGUAGCAGUUAAAAUGUUAAAAGAGGGUCAUACAGACAAUGAAAUGAUGGACUUAGUAUCAGAAAUGGAGAUGAUGAAAAUGAUUGGAAGGCAUAUAAAUAUCAUAAAUCUAUUGGGCUGUUGCACGCAAGGUGGUCCAUUAUAUGUAAUAGUAGAAUAUGCUCCACAUGGAAACUUACGAGACUUUCUACGGCAGCAUAGACCUUCAUCUGGGUAUGAACUAGCUGUCGGAGAGAAAAAAGAGAAAAAGACCUUAACACAAAAAGAUUUAGUGUCAUUUGCUUACCAAGUUGCAAGAGGUAUGGAGUAUCUCGCUUCUAGAAGGUGCAUUCACAGAGAUUUGGCUGCUAGAAAUGUACUAGUCAGUGAUGACUAUAUUCUAAAAAUAGCGGAUUUUGGUCUGGCUAGAGAUAUUCACUGUAGUGACUAUUAUAGAAAAACUACAGAUGGAAGGUUACCAGUUAAAUGGAUGGCUCCAGAAGCACUAUUUCAUCGAAUGUAUACCACGCAGUCAGAUGUUUGGUCUUAUGGAAUCUUGCUUUGGGAAAUCAUGACAUUAGGAGGUACACCAUAUCCUUCGGUACCUAGUGUUGAAAAACUCUUCCAGUUGUUACGAAAUGGUCAUCGAAUGGAAAAACCUCCCUGUUGUUCUUUAGAGAUAUACAUGCUGAUGCGAGAAUGUUGGAGUUACCAACCAAACGAACGACCGAUAUUUUCAGAAUUAGUGGAAGACUUAGAUAGAAUAUUAACAAUUACAGCGAACGAAGAAUAUCUUGAUUUAGGUCUGCCUCAACUAGACACGCCUCCUUCGAGUCAGGAGUCAAGUUGCGAUGAGGAAUUUCCAGUUUCUCUUACACAACAUUUCUCCUAG